UUGGAGGUGAAAAAUACAAUUUGGGUGAACAUAUUCUGAAUAAACGCAUCCAACGAAAAUAGGGGUUUUGCGAAGAGGUACAGCUCCGCUGAAACAAGGGUUUCUUGGAGGAAGAAGAUCACAGAGAGACGUCCACAGAUGGGAACCACCCAAGUCGAGAAGACUGAACAAGAGCUUCGGAAGGAGAUCGAAGAACUCCACCGUCAACAAUGGGAGAUUACAGAGCGGCUUCGUGAUCCUAGAGGUAUCCGCCGUGGAGGUAUGACUGCUUCUGGUCCACGUAAUUUCGCCGCCGGUGGUCCAGCUCGUCAGCGUGGUUUUGUUAGACCUGCGGAUAGGAACGAUUCAGAAGAUCAACCCGCCCCAAAGAGGCGACUUUCUUCCACUGUUGUGAAGAUUGAAGAAGGGGAGAUCAUCGAGGAUGCUGUGGAUGCUUCAAAGGGUGACGACAGCAACAAAGAAGCAACUCCAUGGGGAGGUAAUGCUGAGAACCAGAACAAUAGGAAGACAUCAAACUGGGCUAGGAGGGAUGGCGCUAAUAGAGCAUUCAAGGAUUCUGAAGUUCCUCCAUUUGAGAAUGUUCCUAGAGUGUUACCUAAAGAUGAGGACCCUAGCUUGGUUAAUAGGAAUAGAAGAAUGUUGGGACAACUCCUUGGAACUUUGGAGAAAUUUAGGAAAGAAGACGUGAAACUGUCUGGAUCAGAGGCGUUUAUGAGGAGAUCUGAUUCUUUGAAAAGAGCCGAGCAAAGAGCACGUGAAGAAAGUGAAAGAUUAAGGCAACAAGAACGUGAGCAAAUUGCAGAGAAAAGGCGAAGAGACUUGACUCUUAGAGCACGAGUUGCUGCUAAAGCAGAGGAGAAGAAAUUGGAACUGCUGUUUCUUCGGUGGAGUGAGCAUCAAAAAAAACUUGGCAAUUUUUUAAGGACCAAAACAGAGCCUGCUAUUUAUUAUUCAUUUGCAAAACCGCUUGAUCAAGAUUCAACUUUACUUGAGGAAAAGAAAGAGCAAGCAUUUCAAGAAUGGAAGGCUAUGAGGAGAGAGGAAUUAUCUCAAUACCAAAAUCAAAUUGUUGAAAAGUAUGUUGCCAAUGUGGAAAAAGAGCUUGACAGGUGGCAAAACGGGAGAAAACCAAGAAACGGAGGAAACAACAAUGAUACGUUAAACUUACAAGAAACAAUGGACAAAGAGCUUGAGACACAUAGACUUGAACAUGGGCCCAAGACACGUAAGAUCCCAGGUGGAGAUGCUAACGAGGAUGAGGAUGACGUGGAAGAUAUUAAUGUUGGGGAAGAUGACAUGAUGGAUGACGUGUUGGAUGUUGAUGAUAAUGUGAAGCCUGAUGCAGGCGAUCCCAGCCCACCGGAAAAUAAAGAUUAAAUAUAAUUAUUAAGGUCGUGGAAUUGAUUUUGUUAUUUUAUUAAUGCUGAGUGUGGGCAUGUGUACUUUUUUUCUUUUCUUUUUGGAGUUUUGUUGUAAUUGAAUGAUUUGGUGGUAUUUAAUUUUAAGGGCAUUAAAGAUA